UAUUUUUUUGUCCUGUUUCUCUGUAGAGCAUGCAGCCCAGUAGCCCCAGUGAUGAUAUACACCUGAGCGAAUGGCAGAUGAAUCACUUUGCUUAUACCUCUGACACCUCUACACCAGGGCAGAAGGCAGAUGCAUAUCGUGCACAGAUUUUACGCAUUCAGUAUGCAUGGGCAAACUCUGAGAUCUCCCAAGUUUGCGCUGCCAACCUAUUCAAAAAAUAUGCAGACAAAUACUCUGCGAUUCUUGACUCUGACAAUCUAGAGAUUGGCUUGAAUAACUGUGCGGAAAACAUUUUGACACUGGCAAGAAGUCAGCAAAAUGAAAAUGACAAGUGGCAAUCUGCUUUGACGACAGCUAAUGUGAUGGAACUGAAGUGUGUGCAAGAGAUGAUGCAGAACAGUGAAAUGUUUCGGAGUGACAAGGAAGCCACCGCCUCUGUUGCUUCAGGUCUUCCUAAACUCACUCACUGCAGUGGUGAUGGCAAAUCUGUACAUAGCGAUGGCUCAUCAGACGGUACAAGUCAGGGACUACAUAUCCUUGGCCGAGCCCCAGCUUUGAAACCUCAUCAGUUUGGUAUGCUUUCCUCAGCCAAGGCCAGAGCUGCACAUUCUUUUUUGCCGGUGCCUAUAAGUGAAGGGUCUGACAUUACCUCUUGUGUGACUCCAUUGUUUAGAGAUGGUGAAUCCGUGUUUAGUAGUUCUCUGACACUCAUGAGUAACUCUGGUUUGAAGCAGAAUUCUUCAUCUUCCACUCAGUCUGCUUUCCCUUCAGAGAUGGGCAACCUGGGGAAAAGGAAAGCAUUUCUUGUGUCGAAUGAAGAAAGUAGCACUACAUCUUCUGGUUUCAUUCUUAAUAAGCCAGUUAAUACAGAAGGGAAGACCUUUGCACGGAGUGGAAGCAAAAACAAUGAGAACAAAGCAUCUGGUUUCAAAACUGCAAAAGAACAGCUCUGGGUGGACCAGCAGAAGAAGCACCAGCACCAAUCAGAGCGUGCACCAUUCCCAUCUAGCAGUAGCACAAAAAAGACUUUGGGUCUUUCAAGAUCUCGGGGUGUAUUCGGAAAGUUUGUCCCUCCAACACCAAAACAAGACGGGAAUGAAAACACAGGGACGCAGUGCAAAUCUUACGGGUCUGCAGAGGUGACUUGUCCAACGGAUGAACGGCUAAAGAAUAUAGAGCCGAAAAUGAUUGAACUUAUUAUGCAAGAGAUCAUGGAUCAUGGGCCUCCAGUGAAUUGGGAUGACAUUGCUGGGGUCGAAUUUGCAAAAGCAACUAUCAAGGAGAUAAUAGUGUGGCCUAUGUUGAGACCUGACAUUUUCACUGGUUUAAGGAGUCCUCCAAAAGGAAUUCUUCUGUUUGGUCCUCCUGGGACAGGGAAGACGCUCAUUGGCAAAUGUAUUGCAUGUCAGUCUGGGGCUACAUUUUUUAGCAUCAGUGCCUCUUCAUUGACCUCCAAGUGGGUAGGUGAGGGAGAAAAGAUGGUCCGCGCAUUGUUUGCUGUUGCACGAUUCCAGCAGCCAGCAGUAAUCUUCAUUGAUGAAAUUGAUUCUCUCCUGUCCCAGCGCGCAGAUGGGGAACACGAGUCUUCUAGAAGAAUAAAAACUGAAUUCUUGGUCCAGUUAGAUGGAGCAACGACCUCUUCUGAAGACCGCAUAUUAGUUGUGGGAGCAACCAACCGGCCACAAGAAAUUGAUGAGGCUGCCCGAAGGAGACUGGUGAAGAGAUUGUACAUCCCACUUCCUGACACUUCUGCUAGAAAGCAGAUAGUGACUUGUCUGAUGUCAAAGGAAAAUUGCUCCCUAACGGAGGAGGAAAUUGAUCUCAUUGUUAAAAAAUCAGAUGGGUUUUCUGGAGCUGAUAUGACUCAGCUUUGUAGAGAGGCUUCUCUAGGCCCUAUCCGCAGCCUUCAGUCUAUCGAUAUUACAACCAUUGCACCUGAGCAAGUACGAUCUAUAGUUUUUCAAGAUUUUGACAAUGCUUUAAAAACUGUGCGCCCCAGUGUGUCCUCCAAAGAUCUUGAAUUGUAUGAUACUUGGAAUCAAACAUUUGGAUGUGGAAGAUAAG